AUGGAUGAUGCUCUCUGGGCUUACAGGACAGCUUUUAAAACUCCCAUUGGCACAAUCCCUUUUAGAUUAGUUUAUGGGAAAGCUUAUCAUUUACCUUUGGAGUUGGAACACAGAGCAUAUUGGGCUGUAAGGACACUGAAUUUUGACUUAAAGGGUGCUGGAGAAAAGAGAAUGUUGCAAUUAAAUGAACUUGAGGAACUUAGACUCAAUGCUUAUGACAAUGCCAAGCUUUAUAAGGAAAGAACUAAGAGAUGGCAUAAUAAGCACAUUAGGAGGAGAGAAUUUCAAGAGGGAGAUGUUGUUCUCUUAUAUAAUUCCCAGUUAAGGUUAUUUCCUAGGAAAUUGAAGUCAAGAUGGUCAGGACCUUACACAGUUACAAAGGUAUAUCCAUAUGGAGCUAUGGAGAUAGGGAAUGAAACCUCAGGUACUUUUAAAGUUAAUGGGCAAGGACUAAAACACUAUAUUGUUGGAGAGCCCACGCAAAAGGUUGUAGAGGUUUCAUGGCUUAGUUCCCAAACUGAGGAUAUUUAG